GAAUCGUCUCGUUCCAUUACUGGUUGCCCAGGCUCACCAAGUCACCAUCCUUGUAACGUUCCUGUGUGUGUGUGCUUAAUAUGGUGUGGGAUGUUUAUUUACGUCUGAUUUUAGCGUCUGUGCUUCUCAUCCGUCAUGGGAGAGCUCGAACUGACUUUGGCAAUGGUUCGCCGGGCCAGGCAUGCAAGAUGGGCGGGGGCGUGGUGGGAACCUGCGAGGAGGUGGAGGCGUGUCUGAAGGACGGAGGCGUGGUAGAGAGAAGAGGCGUGGUUAAGCUCUGCGCCCAACAGAACUCCAAGAUCUAUGCGUGUUGUCGAAGGCCUCACCUCAUCACCCGGGGAUUGUGUGACGCUUGGUCUCAGUACUGGCGUGAGGCCGGCCAGUGUGUAAAUGAGACUCAGCUGAUCGUGGGUGGAGUCAACGCCAUAAUAGGAGAGUUUCCCCAUAUUGCCAUCCUGGGUGCUGAGCAUAGGUACAAAGGCAUCGACUGGUUCUGUGGGGGUACUCUCAUUUCCCCACAUUACAUACUGACUGCUGCCCACUGUGUUGCAAGGACGAAUAACUAUUGGAUAAGGCUCAGCACGACCGUAACCAAACGGCGGGAGAACAGCCCAGGGUCCGAGGGCCUGUUCCUCCAUCCCUCAUACACUCCUCAGAGCUAGCCAAGGACACCACGGAUAAGGCCCCCACCAAGCAGAAGAUCAGGUGAAGGUGAUCCUCCACCCUGAGUACUCCUCUGAGCUCAUCAAAUACUACAUAUUGCUUUACUGAAGCUCAGUACCCCGGUGAGUGACCC